AUGUAUCCAGAUGUGUUUCUAAGUUUCAGAGGCCAAGACGUGCGUAGAAGUCUGGUUAGCCAUCUCUAUCGUGAGCUUUCUCAGAACGGCAUAAGAAGUUUUUUAGAAGAGGAGGAGGAGGAGAAGGAGAAGCAUAGAGAGAGGCAGGUUUCACCUUCCCUUCUCCGUGCAAUUUCAGAGUCAAAAUUGGCAGUGGUUGUCUUAUCUGAGUACUACGCUUCUUCAAGGUGGUGUUUGGAUGAACUGGACAAGAUAAUGGGUCAUGCUGGCAAGAAAUUGAUGGCGGCAGUGCCUGUCUUCUACGAGGUAGACUAUUGUGAUGUGAGAUAUCAGAGAGGCAGAUUCGGGGAGGAAUUUGAGAGACAUGGUCAAGAAGAGAAUCCAGAGACGUUGCAGAGGUGGAGAGACGCUUUGAUCAAUUUGACCAGCCAAACCGGCUUCUCCUCUCAUGAUUCGGAGGAUGACUCGAAGCUGGUUCGCGAAAUUACGCGUUACGUGUCUGGUUUGUUGUCUGAAUUUUGUCUCCUGAAAGAGUUUCUUCCGGGAGACAACAAGUCAACUGCAAAGAAAACUUCUUCAAGUCGAGUAGUCUCUAAUUCCGACCAGCUUAUGACUACCAUAUCUGGUUCAUUCACCAGACUUUGUCACCAGCUUUUCAAAGUCAUUGCUUUCUUGACACCUCAGGGAAUUGGCAAAACAAGUAUUCUGAGCAGUCUUUACCAGAAACUAACCCCAUUAUUUGAAGAUCAUUACUUGCUUAAGACUUCGAAGAACAUUCAUGAUCAAGGCCUCGUCAACCAUGCUUCCUCAUUAGGCUCAAGGAAAGAGCUUCCUUCUCCAAGAGGUCUUAAACGAAAAGCAUUACAGACGAGUUCUGACGUGGGCUCUGAUGAUGAAAGGACAAUGUUUUGGAACCAGAAGAGAGCUCUAGUCAUAGUUGAUAACGUUAAGACUAUCACACAAAUUAGAGGAGAUCAUGAAGGAUCUUGUGGAGUUGAACAUGUCUACGAAGUGGACUAUCUGAAAUACGAUGAAGCUCUUGAGCUCUUCAGCCAAUGUGCAUUCAAGAAACAGUAUCCACCUACAAAAUUUGAACAGCAAUCUGUCCGUGCUGUACAGCUAACCGGCUGUCUUCCUUUGGGCCUUAAGUUACUCGGCUCUUUUCUAUGUGGUAGAACCAAAGAGGAUUGGGAACGGGAACUGCAAAGUCUUGAAGCAAAACAAGGUAAAGCCAUUGUCGAACUAUUGAAGAAUAGCGCCAAAGGCGUACCACCUGGUCCAACCAAAGAGGACUGCGAACGUGAAGAGCGGAGGCUCAAAGCAAAAGAUAAAGCCAUUCUCGAACUAUUAAGAAAGGACUGGGAACGUGAAAUGCAGAGGCUCGGGAAAAAAGGGAAGAAGAGAAAGACAUUGUUUAACGAUUAA